AUGGAGACAUUACUUCUCCCAGACAUUGCCUGCCACUCCGGAAGGCAGACUGUUGGCCAUCAAAGAGGGAUUCAGCUCAAUUUUGCACUAAUUGAGCCCGUGGUAUUUUUGCAAGGGCACAGCAUUGGUAGCAGUGCUUGCAAAGACAAGGCGGCCAUUGUUCGCGGGUCUCUACAUAUGAAAGUCACUGAACCGGUCGAAAUGAAACAGAUCUGCAUCUACUUUCGAGGGCUAGUUAAACUAGAGCUAUCGGAAGGUCUGUCGGACGUGAUCACGUCUGGUAUCACCUACUUCGACCGCGGGCAGACAACACAACCAGGCAAUGUCUAUGGAGCCGAUAUAUGUCACAUACUGGACCGAUCUGGAACAGAUACAGAAAGCGGCCAACACAGCAGAACCACCACUGAAGCGUCUUGGAGAGACCGAUCCCUUCCUAAAUGUAAUAUUGGCGGCUUACAGCAGCCUGGACUCUUGGGACCCGUCACCAAGAGCGCUCUAUUUCCCGCUGGUGAUUAUCUGUAUAACUUUGAAUUCCUCCUGCACAACUCCCUCCCGGAGACCAUCAAUACGGAACUGAUAUCCACCCGGUACUACCUGGAAGCUCAGAUUGAACCGUCUGGACCAUUUUCUUCAAAGGUAGUUUGUCAGGUUGAUGUCCCGCUGACUGAGCCGAUCGUCUUCUCCCGGAAAUGGCGUGAGCAGCUGUACUACGAUGUUUGCAUUUUCGGAAAAUGUUUUCCUCAUGGCUCACAGAUACCAAUGAGGGUGAAAUUGACUCCCCUGGUCAACCUACAAUGUCACUGGAUCAGGGUAUACGUGUCUCAGCAUGUACGGCAUCAGACAAAGGGCCAAACAACUCGGUUCCUGCAGCUGCCGACGAAAAGGGUGCUUCUGUUCGAAAAGCAGCCUGGCCUUGCAAGUUACACCUCCUACCCAGGCAGCACCAUGCGAAUUAUGACAGGGCCUCCCGGCAUCCAAAGCAUGAAUCUGCUAGGGGAAGAAUUUGAAACCUCGGAGAUCAACUUAGAGGUCCAAUUACCUCGAUGCCAGGAAACGAGGACCAAAGGAAAAGGGCAAUGGCUUCACUUCAGCACCAAGGGCGGUAGUCCUGAGGUGAAUCAUUGGAUCCAGAUUGUCCUGUGUCUUUCGAUAAAAGACCAAGACGGUAUGGGCUCAAGCAAACCUCGGCCUGUAGAGUUGACCAUCGAGUCACCCUUCACUAUCCUGUCGUGCAAGGCCACACCGGCAAAUAUCUAUGUUCCGCCAUAUGAGGUAGAAGGUGAUAUCGAAUUGGCUGCGUCUCAUGAAGGCCAAUGUGGCUGUGGCCACAGUCCCCGGUCAAUAUCGCCAGCCUCAAGGCACGAAGCAGAAGCACGUCAAACCGAAGCGAGGGACAACUUGACGUCCCUUGAAGGACAACUCCCUAAAGAUAUUACGCAGCCCCUCAGAUUUGAUAGUAUCUCCAGUUUCAUUAAGCAACCCGCUCGAGCCCAUUUACCUGAUUGGGCCCUUGCUUCUGAUGAACUUCACCGGCGACCUGAUCCGUAUAGAAGCAGGCAAUGGUAUGGUGGAUAA